ACACAGCGAUCCAUUAAUUAAUUGUAAUUCUCAGAAACCAAACCUUAAAAACAAUAUAUUUUCAAUUCUCUGAGUAAUGGCGAUCCAGCUUCGUCUCCUUCACUACACACUUUUUCCAUUAUUACUCAUCGCAGCUUCCGUAAAUGCAAAUCAACGGCCAGGAUCUCUCCCCCUCCGCAACGACUCCGCCGCCGUCCGAUUAGCCUCCACGGACUACGGAAACCUGGUGCACGAAAUCCCAUCUUCAGUUCUUUUCCCGACGUCCGUCGACGACAUCGUCGAUCUCAUCAAAUUAUCCAAUCAUAACGAUGACCAUCGCCGGCGGGGGGUUGCCGCCAGAGGGCACGGCCACUCCAUCCGGGGACAGGCGAUGGCGCGCGGCGGAGUGGUGGUGAACAUGGCGUCUCUCAACAGGUCCUGCAAUGGAGCUCGGAUUCAGGUGGUUCGUGACAAAGAAUUAGGGUUUUACGUCGACGUCGGUGGGGAGCAGCUCUGGAUCGACGUGCUCCAGGCCACGCUCCGGCAGGGCCUGGCGCCGGAGUCCUGGACCGACUAUCUGUACCUCACCGUCGGCGGGACGCUGUCGAACGCCGGAAUCAGCGGGCAGGCGUUCUUGCACGGGCCUCAGAUCAGCAAUGUUCUUGAAAUGGAUGUUAUUACAGGCAAAGGAGAACUGAUGACUUGCUCAAAAGACAAAAACCCUGAUCUAUUCUUUGGAGUUCUUGGUGGUUUGGGACAAUUUGGCAUCAUAACCAGGGCAAGAAUUCCACUCGCCAAAGCACCCACAAGAGUGAAGUGGGCAUUUUUGGUGUACAGUAAUUUUUCAGAUUUCUCUCGAGAUCAAGAGAAGCUGAUAGCUUCAACAAUGGCACCAGCUCCUGACUUCGUGGAAGGACUUCUGGUGACGACUGAGAAUAUUACACAGCAAUGGAGGUCUCGAUUCUCAUCUCCUUCGAACCAAUCCGCCAUUGCUGACCUCCUCAAGAAGCAGGGAAUCCUCUACGCCAUUGAAGUCGUCAAGUACUACCACAGUCACACUCCAGCAUCACCUCCCACCGACAAGGAAUUUGAGAGGUUGCUGAAGCAGCUGAGCUUCAUUCCCAGCUUCAUUUUCAGCAGAGACGCCUCCUACUUUGAGUUCCUCACUAGGGUUUCCAAUUUGGGAAAUUUACCAGCACCGAUCCCUUUCCAUCCAUGGUUGAAUCUCUUCAUACCCAAGUCUCGUAUCUCCGAUUUCAACGCCGCCGUCCUCGCCGGAAUGCUCCCCACCCUCCCCCACCCCGAUCCCUCCACCGUCUACAUCUUCUACCCAUUAAACCGCAACAAAUGGGAUGCUAGGAUGUCGGCAGUGACGCCGGACGAGGAAGUGUUCUACACGCUGGGGCUGCUGCACACGAGCACCACUUCCGACAACGCUGAGAUUAACGACAAGUUCAACGAUGAGGUAAUGAGAAUCUGCAGAGAAGAAGGGAUCCAGGUGAAGCAGUACUUCCCUCAUUAUCAAUCCAGGCAAGAAUGGAUCAACCACUUUGGACCCAAAUGGCCAAUUAUGAAACACAAAAAGGCCAUCUUUGAUCCCAAAAGGAUACUCUCGCCAGGCCAAAGAAUUUUCAACCAUAUAUGAUCCUCUGGUUUUACUGUAUUGUCGAUUUUAUUUUCUUAUAAUUUAGGGUUUGUGAAAUCAAUGUCGACCAUAAUAAAUACUUACGUUCGAAAUUUGGCGCACGAAUUAUUUUUAACGAAUAUUUUGU